CUCCCAUGGAGGCUUCCAGAAUCCGUUGCUGCUUGUAGGAAGCGAUUGGGAGUGGUAGCUGCGCAUGCGCGGUACGGAAGCCGGGUAGGUUUUGCUGGUCGCGUACGCCGCGCGGUCCGUUGAUAUCGUUCCAUUCCAUUCUGUGCCGCCAUCAUGUCAGCCAUGGGGACCCUCGCCUUCGAUGAAUAUGGACGGCCGUUCAUCAUCAUCAAGGACCAGGACCGCAAGUCCCGGCUCAGCGGGCUGGACGCCCUCAAGGUGAGAGAGUGAGGGCCAGGAACCUCGUGUGUGACAGGCGAAUGGUCAUUGUGCGGCCUCGGUUAGCGCACGGGGGAACGCGCCGUGUUCUAAAGCCGUUAUUACACAUUUAGCUGGCACAGCAUGGGAGGGAGCGGCUGAUAAAACAUUCCAUUGAGAAUAUUCAGCCAUUAUGGAUUUUUACUUUAUAUUCAUGGUUACAAUGCCUUCAGGAAUGAUGGCAUCAUGGCUGUGAUAUCAGAAGUAGAUAAUAAACGUUUUGGGAGUCAUUACUAAACCAUGAAUUAUGAAGUUUUAUUUUAUUUUUUCAAGGGGAUUGCAAACUUUAGGUAAAGUGGAGGAGUUGGAAUAUUUUUCUUUUAAAUCCAUCUAUAUGGGCCUGCAAUGUGCAGCUCCCUUAAAAAUGUCUCGGGUGUCAGUAAGUUGUAAGCUACAUGGGUUCUGCGUAUCUAGUGCUCACAAACCCAAGUGUAACAUCCAUCUAUAUAUGGAAGAACUGCAGACAAUGUAAGCUGGUGGUGAUGCUCAGUCAGUAGAGAUUGGUUGAUAUCUGUAAGGCCACAGCUGGAGUGCAAGAAGUUGUCACACUACUAAACUAGUAUUUUCAAGAGCUUUUUUGCUUGCAGAAUGACCAUAAGCCAUUAAACAAGCUUUCCACUACUAAACUUACUAAUAUAUUGCAAGAGUUAAGUCCAUUUUUAUUUUAUUGGGUGGGGAUGCGUCCUGGUAUGGGCUCACAAAGAUUUCAGUCAUGUACAAUGGCAUGGUAAGUAACAUCUGUUUCAAAAAUGGAUAUAGAUAUACAUGUAUAUGUAUGUGUUUGUUUAUGUGAAGGGAUUUAUUUAAUUUACCAAGGCUUUUUUUGAGAUGCAACUAAUUUGUGACCAAGGUGUUUUUGGCAUUUUUGCAAUGCAAUCAUUCCGCCAUAAUUUACCCUUUUCUGUUUAAGUCAAUCCGUACAUACUAUAUAUCAUUUUUAAAGGAGAAAUGGGCCUUUUUUUUAAAUACCUUGUAUGUAUCAUUAACACAAUAGUAAUAAAAAGCAUAAAAACGUAUUAAAUAAGUAGGAGGAACAAGUUACUUCCCCCCCCCCCCACCCCACCCCGCUGUUCUAAAUGCAAUAAUUUCUACCCAUCAAGUCCAAGUAAAAAAAACUAAUUCAAAAUAGAUCUACUAAUUAGUCCUGAUUGUUAAAAUGCCCAAUAUGUCUAGAAUUUCAAGUAAUUUUUAGAAGUUAUAAAACAAAUAAUGCAAGUGAAUUACAGUUAUAAAGCAGCAUUGUAUUUUAGAGAAUCUUUAUUUCAUUGAAAUUCCAACCCAGUCAACAUACACCUAUAAUUUUUAAAGGGGUUCUCUAGUGGCCCUCUCCCACCUCCAAUCCAACAUCGCUGAAGGGGUUAAAACCCCUUAAGUCACUUACCUGAAUCCAGCGCCAAUGUCCCUCGGCACUGGGUCAGGCUCCGCCCACUGCCGACAUCCGCAGGCAGGUGAGACCUAAUGCGCAGCAAUGACCAUGCACGCGCAUUAGAUCUCCCCAUAGAAAAGCAUUAUUCAAUGCUUUCCUAUGGCGGUUCCUGGUGAUGCUGGAGGUCCUCCUGCAUAGCGUGAGGAUGUCCAGUGUAGAUUAGCCUCCAAAAGUUGUCUUAGAAACGGAAGUCCCUCUAGUGGCUGUCUGAUAGACAGCCACUAGAGGAGGACGUAACCCUGCAAGGUAAUUAUUGCAGUUUAUAUACAAACUGCAAUAAUUAAACUUGCAGGGUUAAGGGUGAUGGGAGUUGGCACCCAGACCACUUCAAUGGGCUGAAGUGGUCUGGGUGCCUACAGUGUCCCUUUAAAGGAGAAAUAGGACUUUAUUUUGAUAUCCUAUAUGUAUACCGAGACAAAGUAUAAACAAGAACAGUGUCCCUGUAUAUUUCCUCCACCUGACUUUUACACACUGGGCGGAGCUACAGUGUCAAUCCCGACAGUCGUCACUAGUGGCGGCUGCAUGGAAAUGGCUCUUUCUAUGGAGUGUCUGACAGGAUCCUCCAUAGACUUCAAUGCUCGCGCAUACACGGUUAAAUAACGAUUUCACUUGGCAGCGGUAUUUAAAGGGCUUUGAGCAGCGCUCACAGCUAAUCUGUCAGUCUUAGGCCCUACCUUUACUGCAUGACGGUCUAUGCUGUCACUUGGCAUCUCCUCCAUAAUACACAAGUAUGUCUUGUCUAGGCCCUUACGCUCAGCUGAAGACUUGCGUCUAUCUUCUGUCUGUAAUCCCACCUCUGAUGCUCGCGUUCAAGACUUAUCAAGGGCUGCACCGUUCCUGUGGAACUAACUUCCCUCCCCACUUCUUCAUAAGUGUAUCAAUUAAACUGUUAAUAGCUCCCAACGGAUUCCUUUCUUGCAACUGUCAUUAGUCUAAUACUAUCCUUACCUUUUGUGUCACUUUAUCCCACUCCCACUAGCAUGUAAGCUCAUUGAGCAGGGCCCUUAACCCCUCUGUUCCUGUGUGUCCAACCUGUCUGGUUACAACUACAUGUCUGUUCAUCCAACCACUGUAAAGCGCAGCGGAAUUUGUUGGCGCUAUAUAAAUAAUAAUUAAAACCCUGCACUGAAUGUCUGCAUAGAUUGUCGUGUGUUCCUUAAAGGAUCACUAUAGUGUCAGGAAAACAAAGCGGUUUUCCUGACACUAUAGUACCCUGAGAAGCCCCCACCCACAGGGUCCCCCUCCUGUGGCGCUGAAGGGGUUAAAACUCCUUCAGCAGCUUACCUUAUUCCAGCGCUGGGCUCCCUCUGCGCUGGUGACCUUUCCUUCCCCGCCAUCAGCGGAGCCACAUGCCCGGCAAGUGCCGCGCGCAUUCAAAGUGUCCAUAGGAAAGCAUUUCUCAAUGAUUUCCUAUGGACGCUCUGCGCGAUGGUGGCAUAAUAUGCCUCUAGUGGCUAUCCGGAAGACAGCCACUAGAGGCUGGCUUAACACCAAAUGUAAACAAAGCAGUUUUUCUGAAACUGCUAUGUUUGCAUCUGAAGGGUUAAAACCUGAGGGACCUGGCACCCAGACCACUUCAUUGAGCUGAAGUGGUCUGGGUGACUAUAGUGUCCCUUUAAGUGGUUAUUAUCAAGUGUUAGACUUUUGCACUGAAAGAAAUUCUAUGCAUUGUUACGAGGAAAAAAAAAAAACUAGCACAUUUAUAUAUUUUAAAUUUAUAUUUAAAAUAUGGUCUCUCCCUGACAUGUCAGUCAUUUCUCAUGUUUUUUUUUUUACAGGUGUCUUCCUGUUCUCCAUCCCAAUUCUUUUUCCCAGGAAGCUUGUCUUUUACCCAAUUAGGAUAUAAGAACAGAGAAACUCAUGUCUCUUUCCAGACCUUACUUUGCUUACAUUGAAAGGCACACUCAAAUGUUAUAAAUAUAUUAUAUUUAUGUAUAACGUUAGUCUUCUUGUGCAUGUUUAGGUUAUGUUAAACCCAACUUUAGUUAAAUGACAUCCGAGCACUGGUGUUGAAUCUGCUUCACCUGCCAUGAGAUGGUCAAGAUCAAGUCUCUUUGACCAAUUCAGUGCUUUUUAUGGGGUAGUUUUGGCACCCUAAGUUACAGAUGCAGCAUUUGCUCUGUUCCUCCACUCAAAUGUCUCAUUGAGAAGCACUGAAUCUAGUAUUUCUCAUAGAGAAGUGUUUGGUGACAAUUAACAUUAAUAUUUUUUACUAGAAAGUCUUCAUUGAUGAAGUACCUCUAGUGGCUGUUUGUCACUAGAGGUUUUCUCAGUAACACAUGUGAACAUAGCCAUUUCUCAAAUGUAGUAAUACUUACAUUUGUCAGUUUGCAGGGAACAGUGUCUGAACGUUAAAGGAACACCCCGAGCAUUAUUACCACUCUGUGUAGUGAGUAUGGUGCCAUGAGUUCCCUUUUGCCAUCCCAGUUUAAUUAAACGGACAUUAUAGUCACCAGACCAACUGCAGAUUAUUGUAUUUGUUCUGGUGAGUAGAAUCAUUCCCUUCAGGCUUUUUGCUGUAAACACUGUCAGAGAAAAUGCAAUGUUUACAUUACAACUUAGUGAUACCUCCACUGGCUAUUCCUCAGAUGCUUCCUGGGGCAGUGCUGUAAUAAUAGAUUUGUGUAUGUUUGCUAAAUAUAGCUCUUUAUUAUUAUUUUUAUUGUGUGCAUUCUUCUGUAUUUCAGUCUCAUAUUAUGGCAGCAAAAGCAGUUGCAAACACCUUGAGAACAUCGCUUGGCCCCAAUGGUGAGCAUACCUUGUAAAUGUCAGUACUCUUCUGUAUAUGCAGUAAAAAAAUUAUUAUUUUUUUUAAUUCUCCUUUUACUUUUUCAACUGAAGGUCUUGACAAGAUGAUGGUGGACCAGGAUGGUCAGGUUACUGUAACAAAUGAUGGAGCAACAAUCCUAGGAAUGAUGGAUGUAGAUCAUCAAAUUGCAAAGCUAAUGGUAGAGUUAUCCAAGUCACAAGAUGAUGAAAUUGGUGAUGGCACCACUGGAGUUGUGGGUAAGGAAUGAGAGGCAGUUUAUGUCCAUUGUUAGUUUUCCUUUAUAUGUGUGUUAUAUGUACUGGCACUUAAAAAUUAAUGGAUAACUCUAAUCUCCAUGACCACUUUUGCUUUUAGAAGUGGUCCUGGUGGAAGGAAUCUGGAUCUUCAGCAUUUUUGCUUGAGAUCUAUUCAACAAAACAUAUACAACUAUGGUAUAGCUGCUAUCUGUUUUAUAUUGCACUUCAAUUUAUUCUGUGAUGCAUGUAAGUGCAGCUAUGGGAUAAACUACUUCUCUGAUAAGACCAGAAUUAUGGGGUCAAUUUUUGCAUGUUGUGCUCCUUAAAAGCUGGUCACAGAUUGGGUGCACACAUACAAUUCUUAGACUCCUCCACUACUUUGUUUUAUGGGUUCUCUGCAUAUGAACCCACUCCCACUUUAGAUCUUGUUCCAGUCUAAGAUCUGAUCAUUUGAAUCACGUGUCUUGUAAAAGAAAACAUUUACUUACAUCGCUGUUACAUAAUCUAAGGUUAUAAAUGCAGGCACUAAUCAGGUUUGUGUUGUCGUUGCAGUUCUUGCAGGAGCUCUGCUUGAAGAAGCUGAGAAGUUGUUGGAUCGUGGAAUUCACCCCAUCAGGAUUUCUGAUGGAUAUGAGCAGGCUGCACGUGUUGCUAUUGAGAACUUAGAUAAGAUCAGUGACAGUUUUCCUUUUGAUCCUAAUAAUGUAGAACCACUUAUUCAAACCGCAAUGACGACUCUUGGCUCAAAAAUGUAAGUAUUCCCUGCAUAAUGCUAAACAAAAAACGGUCUGGAACAAUUGUUCAUUUUCUUAUUCACAUAAUUAAAUACAAUGUAAAUUAUGAAGAGGAAGCAAGUAAAAACUUAUUGUGCUUUUUAUUUUAUUUUUAUUUUUUAACCGUCAUUAGACAUAGCUAUCAAAUGCUUUCCGUGGAGGCAUAGAUACAAAUGUGCUCGAACUCCAGUUCCUUACAGAUACCACAUUCACAUGGGAAAAAACAGUGCCUGAAGUUUCACAAGAUCAUGAACCAACUAGAGUAGUCCCCACUACCCCAUUAGUAUUGGAAGGUGCAAAAAGUGCAACCAAAGCAUGUGAUAUGACUUCUAUAUGAGCUUGUUCCAUGGGCAUUUAUGAAGGGUCAAUAAAUUAUUCAUUUAGCAUUGUCUCCCUUUGUAGCUGUACCAGCUGCCACUAUUGUAACAUGGCUUGCCACAGCAUUUUGGAUAGGGUCUGCUUAAAUUGUGUCUAUUUUGUUUAAUAAAAAAAAAGCAUUUGUGAGGCCAGGCAUUGAUGCAGGAUGGGAACGUCUGAUUCAUAAGUCAUUCCAGUUAAUCCCAGAGAUAUUCAGUGAGACCAGACUGUAGUUCCUCCACACCAAAUUUGUCGGAUCACUUGUUCAUGGACCUUCCUAUGUGCACAUUUCUAUUGUUUCAGAGACCAGUAGCAUCUUUAUACCACUCAUUAAGCAUCUAACGCACUGUUCUUGUGCUGAUGUGUGCUUAAGGCAAAUCUCUAGUGAGUGAUUUCAGAAAUAAUUUUUACAUGUUGGAGGACUGAACACCUUCUCUAGGAUUAUGCAUGGACUACCACUUUGAGGCUUUGGUGUUGUUCCUGACAAUAGGAGCAUUUACAGUUUACUAAAGCAGAACUGUCUUGAAUUGACUUGUAACAAAGAUGUGGCAUCCAGAGAAACAGAUUCCUUAUCUGAUUGUCCAUUCGGAUAGUAUUUUAUGGAAGUGGAUGGGACUCUUUAUUAAAGAGAUCUUCUAGUUCCCUCUGUUUAAUGUAGAAGGGUAGGAAACCCUUAAUUUCUAAGAGGGUACGUACCUCUUUUCUACGUGGGGUUUCAGGUGAACACUAUGGUAAUUAUGCUUCAGUGUCACAGUUUAUUAGCAGAGACCUAGUAUACAGAUGGAACAUAACUCCACUUUGGAAAGAAUGGAGACCCCUCUUACUGGUACAAGGACAUGUACCCCUGUCACAGGUAGAUCACUACCUAACCAUAAGUAUUUUAAUGGAAUAGGAGCUCCAAAGGAUUCCCUGUCCCCUAAAUGCACAGCAAUAGUGGGGGUUUUGCUUGGUAAUAAAAUCAUGGAGGUGUGGGAGCUGUACAUUGUUUUCCAAAUUCACAAGCGUGAGACUCCUUAUUUGAAAACUGAAAUUCUUCUCCGAAAUAAGAUUAUCUGUAUAUAAUUUUAUGGUGCAACUAUUUUAUUUUUUUUCUGUGCAGUUAGGAACCCAUAUAUAGUGACAUUUGUGACCUCUCUCCCUAAAAACAUAAUUCUGUGUAGUUUAAAAUAUUUUUUAGAAAACUUGAUAUUUAAAGUUAGAGUUAAACUGAUGGUAAUUGUGAACAUUUUCCAAAUAUUAAAAAAAACUGAAAAAAAUCAUGCUGCUGUACACUAUGGAUAAUUGCACACAAAAAAAUCAUUAAGUGUGUAUAUGUAUAGUGUAUUUCAACCUCUCUCAUUUUUAAACUCUUUGACAUAAGUAUUCCAACCCUCUCCUAUGACCGCUGAAUUGUAGUUGACGCACCCCAUUUCUCUGGAUCAACUUUGAAAUGUUUGGAUUCCACUUGUUGCAAAUUCAAUUCAUUUGGAAAGGGACACACCUGUCUAUAUAAAGUCUAAAAGCUGUAAGUGCAUAUAAAAGCAAAAAAACGAGCCAUGGGGUCAAGGGAACUGCUUGCAUAGCCUAGAGGCAGGAUUGCUGAUCUGGAUUAAGCUACAAAAGCAAAUUUGGCUGCCUUGAAAGUUUCCAAGAGCACAGCGGCCCCCAUAAUUCUUAAAUGAAAGCAGUUUGUUUCCGUUUAGAACAGUCUGGCUCAUCCUUGGGCUGGCUGCCCAGCCAGACUGAGUAAGGCCUUGGUAAAGGUAAGACGUGAUCAAGAACCCAUUUGUCACUCUGGGUGAGAUCCUGAGGUAAUAUGUGGAAAAAACACACUGCUCCUCAGAUGCACAAAACAGUCAGCGUUGAACACAAAAUACAUAGAUACCCUUAAAGGACCAUGCAAGCACCUCUAGCGGCUGUCAAUGAGACAGCUGCUAGAGGAAUUUGAGGAAGGAUUAACCCAUUUGUAAACCUAGCAGCUUCUCUGAAACUGCUACGUUUAUAAAAAAAAGUGAAGUGGUCUGGGUGCCUGGAGUGGUCCUUUAAAGGGGACACUGUAGGCAUUCAAGACAAGAAUAACUAUGUGAAUGUGCUUGAGUGCACAGGCAGAUCCCAGACUUGCACCCAAUUAAACAUCUCUGGAGAGAAAUGAAAAGGGCUGUCCAUCGAUGGUCCCCGUCCAACAGAAUGUCGUAAGUGGGUAUUGAAUGUAGUUUGAUGUGAAGGAAAACAAACUUUUAACUUCCUAGCCUAUGGCUGCAACAUGAAUGAAAGUCUGAAUAGUUUUUGAAUGUUGUGUUUGUGCUUGUAUAGAUAUUUUUAUCACAGGCACAAUACAGGUUUGAGUUGGCAACAAAUCCACAUAUUUAACAUUAACAUUAUUCACAUUUGCAUGUAAUGUACUAAAACAGACUUUUUCUGAGCCUAGUUUUGUUUUGUCUUUUUUAGUAUCAAUCGAUGCCACAGACAUAUGGCAGAGAUUGCUGUGAACGCUAUUCUAACAGUUGCUGACAUGGACCGCAAAGAUGUAGACUUCGAGCUCAUUAAAGUUGAGGGCAAAGCUGGGGGUAAACUUGAAGACACACAGCUAAUCAAGGGUGUGAUUGUGGACAAGGAUUUCAGCCACCCACAAAUGCCAAAGGUACUCAUCCCAAUAAGAGCCAUUGGACAUUGUUUUUUUUUUUUUUUUAUUAUUAUUAUUUAUUUUUUUAUUAUAUUUUUUUUAACAUGUCUUUUAUUUGUAGGAAGUUAAAGAUGCUAAAAUUGCUAUCCUAACUUGCCCAUUUGAACCACCUAAACCCAAGACUAAGCAUAAGCUUGAUGUAACUUCUGUAGAGGAUUAUAAAACACUUCAGAAAUAUGAAAAGGAAAAGUUCAUUGAGAUGGUAAAACAAGUAAGUAUGGUCUCUUCUUCCUUCCCUUCUCCCCUAAAGUAUCCAUGACUGUUAGAAUAGUUUGGUCUUCAUCUGAAAGCAACUUAACCAGUGGUUCUGGUGCGAGACAUUUCUAGUCGCCCUUUUUUUUAAUUUAUUUUUUUAUUUUUUUUAUCAGUCAUCAAAGAAUAGUUUGAUAACUGAUCUGAGGUCUGCUUGAACCACCUGAGUUAGCCCUGCAUGGGCAGGCUUGGCUCAUUGGAGAUAACUGGUCUUCUAGCAACAUAGAAGUUAGUCACUAGUGGUGUGAACCUGGUGAGAGGUCCUUUUUAUUAAAUGGUUUGACUACUCUAUUCUGGAGGGUGCUAGGGCACUCCUGGUACCAUACCCACAUCAUCAUGCAGUCGUUUCUCUGGUACUUGCAUUUUAUUUUUUGAUCCCAAAAUGUAAUUCCCAAUUGCAUUACUUCCCAACAUUAAAUGUCAAAUGGGUUAUACAGGGACAAGAAUAUGAUUACUGCAAAGUGUUCCAUUUGGUCAUUAAGUGGUUAAGUGUAUUUCUCAAAAAAAAAAAAAAAUGUGUAUUUCAGAUAAAAGACACUGGUGCAAACCUUGCAAUAUGCCAGUGGGGUUUUGAUGAUGAAGCCAAUCAUUUAUUAUUGCAAAAUGAGCUCCCUGCUGUUCGAUGGGUUGGGGGUCCUGAAAUAGAGGUAAGAAUCACCUAGUGUUCUUGUCCGUAUAAGCCAUUCAAAUGCAAACAUAUAUUUAUUUAUUUAUUUAUUUUCUCCUCUUCUAGUUAAUUGCCAUUGCAACUGGAGGCCGUAUUGUUCCACGAUUCUGUGAACUAACGCCUGAAAAACUUGGUUACGCUGGUAUUGUGAAAGAAAUUUCCUUUGGUACAACCAAGGAUCGAAUGCUUGUUAUUGAGCAAUGCAAAAAUUCGAGGGCUGUGACUAUUUUCAUAAGAGGAGGAAACAAAAUGGUAAGCCUUUAGGCACCGUGAACUUUAUAUGAGGGCUUGUAAUUCUUCUAGAUUGUUGGUCUGUGACAGUCUUUUUUUUUUUUGGUCAGAUAAUCUAACUGCUGACCAUGUUAUAACGUUUAAAUUUUUUAGAUUGUCGAAGAAGCUAAGCGUUCACUUCAUGAUGCUUUGUGUGUCAUUCGCAACUUGGUCCGCGACAACCGUGUUGUUUAUGGUGGUGGAGCUUCAGAAAUAUCUUGUGCGUUAGCAGUGAGCCAAGCUGCUGAUAAGGUAAAAUGUAAUUUAAAUUUCACUUUCAGGGAAAUUGCAUGUAUUUUUUUUUUUUUUACAAGUUUUUCCCAACUAAGAAAUGUUUUUCUAAAGGUUUAGUUACUAAAUAGUGAUUUGAAGACAUAAUUGCUAUUUUUUUUUUAUCUGAUCUGUAAGCUUAAAAGCUUCACCACUUUUUUUUUAUUUUUUAUUUUUUUAUAUGCUUGAGUUUUGUGAUAUAGCAUUUCUCUGUAGAUGCCUAUUCACACUCAAGGCAGAAGUGCAGUGGAGCUGUUAUUUUAUAUAUCCUCUGAUCGGAUAACUGCAGGUUACUCCUCUCAUCCCAACUGUAAUUUUAAAAAAUAUGCACACAUUAAUCCGUACAUGACCACCUGUUAUAUCCGUAUAGGUGGUGAAAUCUGAUCACCUCAAACCCAUGCAGCAAUCCAUAAUUUCUGAUAAAUGGAAGACUGACAUUUUCACGAUCCGGUCUACCUACAUGCCACCAUCCUGAUCUCACAUUUUAGUUUGUGAUGAAUGUAAGGCUCUGCGUGAAGCCCUGUAAUGAUCAGAGAUGGGGUUAAGGGAUGGUAGAGAAGAAUGGGCUAUGAAGUGUGGGAGGUUGUGUUAGAGGCUACUAGCUAUGAGAAGGGCGGGAACUGGCUAUUUGUUAAUUAUAGAGAGGAGUGGGAUAUUGGCAAUCUGGGGGAAGGGGGAAAUAGCACUGAUGGGAAGAGGAGAAUUUACUAGACCGUAAACAAACUUGCACCCCUGCAUUCACACAUGAACCUUCAUGCAUACAUUUGCGUAUAAACACUCUACAAAUUGCCCUUGCAUUUUUGUGCUCUUACAAAUGGGCCUCUACAUACACACACUCACUCACUCAUAGUUAACAUACAUACAUUUAAAAAAAAUAAAGCUGUAUGAACACAUUUGAGGUUGCAAGUAACUUUAUACGUCUGUCAAACUGCAUUCUGGUCACAAAUACAACCUGAGUGCAUUUGUCAGGUGAUGGCCUCAUAUAUAUGCUAUGUUUUUCAUUUCGGUCUGCGUAGUAUUUCAAAGCCAUGGUAAAGGUAGCUAUGGGGUUUAGUGAUAUUCACAGUUUAACUUACCCCAAUCUCUCUUUGACUGAUCGUAGUAUGUGCUGAGAGUAUAUGUAAAUAACAAAGUUGUUUUUGUGAAAGAGGUAGUAUGGACAAAAUUACAUUGCAGGAAGCUACAAAACAUGUCUUCCAUGUAAGAGUUAAAUUACUUUUUGUAUUUACAGCCUGAGUCACACCUCCCCAGCAUGUGACCUACAGUCUCCUUACACACUUCCUGUAAAGAAAGACCUAAUGUUUAAACUUGCUUUAUUUAUUAUUGCAUCUGUUUGAAAAUCACACCAUAUUUAUGUAGGCUGUGUGAGUCACAGGAAGGAGGUGUGGCUAGGGUUACAUAAACAAAAAGUGAUUUUUAACUCCUAAGAGAAUUGAGCAGGGAGAGUGCAUGGACAUAAUCUAUAUAUUGAAACCGCUUAAUUACGAUAGUUGUCUUAGAGCUAUAUGUGUAUAAUUGUGUAAAUAUAUAGUUUAGAUUGCAAUAUCUGCAUAAUGUGUGGGCGCAGGGAGAGUAUUGCAGCACCCAAAAGUGUGUAUAUUUAACACUUUAACAUAUCACAACAACUUUACAUCUACUCAUCCGCAUUUACAUCCUUUCUUGUAACUUCUUCUCUCAGUGCCCAUCGUUGGAACAGUAUGCAAUGAGAGCUUUUGCUGAUGCUUUGGAGGUUAUUCCUAUGUCACUUGCUGAGAACAGUGGCAUGAGUCCUAUUCAGACAAUGACUGAAGUACGGGCCAAGCAAGUCAAAGAAAACAAUCCCGCGCUAGGCAUAGAUUGCCUGCAUAAGGGUACCAAUGGUAAGAAGCCUACUAAGUUUUUAUGUUUAGAUCCUCAUUCAUUAAGAGACUUUUAAUAACUACCACCUUUAAUGAAUUACUUUCCCCUUACCCACAUCAACUGUUCAGCGCUCUAGAUAACUUUCUUUGAGCUCUACUUACUCAUCUCCCACUAUAAUCUUUCAUAUCCUCUCCAUUCUUUCUCAAUUUAAGGUUGUUUUGGUGCCUAUAGUGUGCCUUUAAUUUCAAAUGUAUAGUGAAAGUAGCUGAAAUUAAAACGUUCUCUAAGAUGGCUAUGGUUUCAGUUCAGCUACUCUGGCCUUAAAAUUGAAAUGUACUUUGAAUUUUCACUUUAAUGAAUAGCACUGUAAGUGAAUAACACAGAGUUGACAAUUAUUGGUCAACUAAAGCUCUAUCAAAAUCACCUGAUUAGUUAUGUAGGGAAGCUUGGUUACCCUUUAAGCAAGUGAAAUCUCACCAAAUAUUCUAUGAAUUACCAGUACUUGUUUGUCUUUUUUAUAUUUUCAUAAGAAAUCCAGAACAGGAAAAAAAUUUCCGUUAGCCUAAAUUUUUAUUUGUCUUCUCUCCUCCUGUCUUAGACAUGAAGCUGCAGCAUGUUAUUGAAACCUUGAUUGGCAAAAAGCAGCAAAUUUCUCUUGCUACACAAGUGGUUAAAAUGAUUUUGAAAAUUGACGAUGUCCGUCAGCCCGGUGAAAUAGAAGAAUGAGUACAUUAAAUUGGAAGCUGUUAAGACGCCAACUCCACUCAGCUGAUUCUUACUGCUAUUUAUUAAUGCAAUGUUUUCACUGUACUUUACAUUAAACUGUCUAGAUAGACAAUAAAUGAUCUGUUACUCAAGUUAUCCUUCUC